AUGAGUGCCGCGUUACCAUCCAUCCAAAUCCCCGUGGAUUACGCUCAAAUCCAGGCCGCGGUCGAGGAUUUUUUGCUUCAUUUCAAAAGCGAUGCGUCCGCGCUUCAAGACGACCCCAUGCAAGUUGGAGAGGGCCCCAAGUACAUGGCAUUGCUGCAAAAAGUUGCCAAUCGUGAAUUGCAAACCCUGGGCAUCGAACUAGACGACCUUCUGAAGUACGAGACCGAAACACUUCUGACAUCCGACCCAGAUGGCUCAUCAAACAUCUUGUCGGGGUCUUCAGGACUCGUGCAAACCGUGAUUCGCAAUUGUUACCAUUUUGUUGAGAUUUUUAGUCGUGCCGUUGACAAACUGCUACCGCCACCAACCAAGGAAAUUGACUACAAGGACGACGUCUUGGACGUGAUCUUAUACCAGCGCAAGCUUCGCAAUGACAGGCUACUGUCUGACCAACGCACUGAGCUCGCCGCCGAGGCUCCCGGUGAAUUCCAAGACGACAAUCUCAUGCGAGAAAUCGCCGAACAGGAAUCGGACUUGUUCCCCGCAAAGCUGACAAGACGUUACAAUCUGUAUUUCAAGCCCCUCAGCGCAGCAUACAGCCACAAGUGGCAAGCACCUUUGCCCGUCAGGGAAAUCAAAGGUGACUGCUUGGGCCAGCUAAUCACCGUGCGUGGGAUCGUCACAAGGGUCUCGGACGUGAAACCUUCAGUACUCGUCAAUGCUUAUACCUGCGACCAGUGUGGUUACGAGGUCUUCCAAGAGGUCAACUCGCGCAUGUUCACACCCUUGGUAGAUUGCACAUCUGAACAGUGCUCUCAAAAUCAAACCAAGGGUCAAUUAUUCAUGAGCACGAGAGCUUCCAAAUUCAGUGCCUUUCAGGAGUGCAAAAUACAAGAAAUGUCGGAGCAAGUACCGAUAGGCCACAUCCCGCGGAGUUUGACAAUCCACAUCAACGGUGCACUUGUCAGAAGUCUAAGUCCUGGUGACGUUGUCGAUGUCACGGGUAUCUACAUGCCCUCUCCCUUCACAGGGUUCAAAGCCUUGAAGGCAGGGCUUCUAACGGAAACCUAUUUGGAGGCCCAGUAUGUCUUCCAACACAAAAAGAAGUUUGCAUCUUUCGAAAUAACACUCGAGACUGAAGCAAGAGUCAUGGCCAUUGCAUCUCAGGGAGAUGUUUACAACAAGCUGGCCAAGUCUAUCGCACCCGAGAUUUACGGUAAUUUAGAUGUGAAAAAGGCACUUUUGUUACUACUUGUCGGUGGUGUGGACAAAAAAGUGGGCGAUGGGAUGAAAAUCAGAGGCGACAUCAACGUUUGCCUAAUGGGUGAUCCCGGUGUUGCCAAAUCUCAGCUGUUAAAAUCUAUAUGCAAAAUUUCACCCAGAGGUGUCUAUACAACCGGUAAAGGUUCCUCAGGUGUUGGUUUAACAGCUGCAGUUAUGAAAGAUCCAGUCACCGAUGAAAUGGUACUGGAGGGCGGUGCGCUGGUUUUGUCUGACAACGGUAUCUGUUGCAUUGACGAAUUUGACAAGAUGGACGAAAGUGAUAGAACUGCUAUUCACGAAGUUAUGGAGCAGCAAACAAUCUCGAUCUCGAAAGCCGGUAUAAACACCACACUAAACGCCCGUACAUCAAUUUUGGCUGCUGCCAAUCCCCUUUACGGAAGAUACAACCCCAGGCUGUCACCGCUAGAAAACAUCAAUUUGCCAGCCGCUCUUUUGACAAGAUUCGAUAUUCUAUUCUUGCUGCUGGAUCUGCCCAAUCGCGAAGAUGAUGAAAAACUUGCAGAGCAUGUAGCAUAUGUUCACAUGCACAACAAACAGCCAGAUCUAGGGUUUACACCUCUGGAACAAACCGAAAUGCGGGAGUUCAUUGCGUACGCCAAGACCAAAAAGCCCACUAUGGGUCGCGUGGUCAACGAAUACGUGGUUCAGUCAUAUGUUAGAAUGAGACAAGACUCCAAAAAGGCCAUGGACUCUAAAUUUUCGUUUGGACAGGCGACUCCGAGAACGCUGCUGGCGAUUAUCAGGUUAUCGCAGGCUCUGGCUAAACUGAGAUUUAGCGACACUGUCGAAUUCGAUGACGUGGAGGAAGCUUUGAGACUAAUACAAGUUUCGAAAGAGUCGUUGUACCAGGAUGACCGCAAAAAUGCAGAGGACGAAAACCCAACUACCAAAAUAUACACGAUCAUCAAGAACCUUGCCAGAGAUGGUUCUCAGCUGCACCAGAGCCUAGCUUACGAUUUGAUCGUGAAGGUUGUCAGAUCACGUGGCUUCACAAUGCUACAACUCAACAAUUGUAUCGAGGAAUAUGCGUACCUGGGUAUCUGGAAUUUGGUCAACGAGGGUGCCACUCUGCACUUUUUGAAUCAGGGUGCGGAAAACAUCAACGAUUACAGCUCACAAAGACCAAUUUCGUCGACUCCCUUGCAUCCUAACGACGAGGGGAGUAACGACAUGAUAAUGAGCGAUGCUUGA